AUGACCAAAGAAAAGAGCAGACAAAAAUCAGGUCCAUCUCAGGUUCGUAUUAUCGGCGGCCAGUGGCGCGGACGGAAACUUCCCUUCGACGGGGGUAGCGAUCUGCGUCCCACAUCAGGUCGAACCCGGGAAACACUUUUCAACUGGCUGCGUCCGCGCAUCAGAAAUGCGCAGGUAUUGGACCUGUUUGCCGGGUCGGGUUCACUGGGGCUCGAAGCUUUAUCUCAAGGCGCGUCCCACGCCACAUUUGUGGACACUGACAGCAGAACCAUUGCGGCGCUGAGGGCCAAUGUUGCCAACCUGGGCAUCGGCGGACGUUGCAGCAUCAUCAAGGCAGAUGCCAUGCAUUUUUUAAAGCGAAUGACAGAGCCGGUAGAUAUUGUUUUCCUGGAUCCACCGUUCAGGGAACCUGAGCGUUUAAUCCAGAGUGUUACCCACCUUCUCGAACAUCACCUUGUGCGCGAUUGCCUUUAUCUGGAGUCCGGAGAUCAGUCGCUGAUCGAUCAACUUGCAGAUGUGCCCGGCCUAUCUGCUUAUCGGCAGACACGCUCAGGCGAUGCUUAUGCAGGGUUGUUGGAGAUCGAACAAUAG